AUGCCUCCAUCCAUACUUGCAACCAUGCUCACGACUAUGCCUAUACCCACACCCAUACCCGUACCCAUACCCAUGACCAUCCCCUCACCUCCAAUCCAAGCCACACCCUCACUCGUGCACCCUGCGCGCACGCCCUGCCUCUGGGGCGACGGGACGUGCCACAUCGCACUGGACGACCUCUCCCCCGCAGGGCUGACGCGCCAUCUUAAAGCGUUCCAUUUCACCUCGCACGGGGACCCGUGGGGAAACAAGCGCCGCGGAUUGUGCGCGUGGGGCGCACACUGCGACGCGCAGGAGAUGAACUUUGAGAGCUUUGGGAAGCACGUCGCCGCGGUGCACCUGCGCAGCACCGCGCAGCGCUGCCCGUGGUGCGGACGCGGUUUCGCGCGUGCAGACACGCUUGCGCGCCACAUGCUCGGGACGUGUCCGUAUGCGGAGGAGUGA